AUGGUUGUUGAAGAGAUAUUCUUACUAAAACAUUGGAAAAAGCGCGAGGGCAGGAGGGCGCGCGCGUUGGCCAGGGCGGAGGGCGGCGAACGGGAGGCGGCAGUCGGUGCCGUGCCGCGCCCGGGCUCGCUGCGCUUACGUAACGAUGCUGGACCCCGCGAGCUGAUGGCCGCGCUCGUCUGGUGGCUGGCGGCCUGCUGCCUGGUGCGCGCCGUUACCGCCGGCAAUCCGGACGCCAAGCGUCUCUACGACGAUCUGCUCUCCAACUACAACAAACUAGUCCGCCCCGUCGUCAACACCACCGACGUCCUUCGCGUCUGCAUCAAGCUCAAGCUCAGUCAACUCAUCGAUGUUAACUUGAAGAACCAAAUUAUGACAACAAACCUUUGGGUGGAGCAAUCUUGGUACGACUACAAGCUGCGGUGGGAGCCGCGGGAGUACGGGGGGGUGCACAUGCUGCAUGUGCCCUCCGACCACAUCUGGCGACCUGACAUCGUGCUCUACAACAAUGCCGACGGCAACUUCGAGGUAACUUUGGCGACCAAGGCGACCAUCUACCACCAAGGGCUAGUCGAAUGGAAACCACCCGCAAUUUACAAGUCUUCCUGCGAGAUAGACGUGGAAUAUUUUCCUUUCGACGAGCAAACAUGCGUUCUUAAGUUCGGUAGCUGGACCGCCGACGGCAACUACGAGGUGACGCUGAUGACCAAGGCCACGGUGUACCACAACGGCAUGGUGGUGUGGCAGCCGCCCGCAGUCUAUAAGUCGUCCUGCUCUAUCGACGUCGAGUUCUUUCCUUACGACGUGCAAACCUGUGUGCUUAAGUUAGGCAGCUGGACGUAUGAUGGCUUCAAGGUGGACUUGAGACACAUGGACGAGCAGGCCGGCAGCAACAUAGUAUCGGUUGGCGUUGAUUUGUCCGAGUUCUAUAUGUCUGUUGAAUGGGACAUACUGGAGGUUCCUGCGGUCAGAAAUGAAAAGUUCUACACGUGCUGCGACGAGCCCUACCUGGACAUAACAUUCAACAUAACGAUGCGGCGGAAAACGCUCUUCUACACCGUGAACAUCAUCAUACCCUGCAUGGGCAUCUCUUUCCUCACAGUUCUCACGUUUUACUUACCUUCAGAUAGCGGGGAAAAGGUAACACUUUCCAUCUCGAUCCUGAUUAGCCUCCACGUGUUCUUCUUGCUAGUAGUGGAGAUCAUACCGCCCACCUCGCUCGUCGUUCCCUUGCUCGGGAAAUAUCUCAUUUUCGCGAUGAUAUUGGUGUCGAUAAGUAUAUGCGUGACGGUGGUGGUGCUCAACGUACACUUCCGGUCGCCGCAAACACACCGCAUGGCGCCGUGGGUGAAGCGCGUCUUUAUUCACAUACUUCCACGCUUGCUCUUUAUGAAGAGACCGCAAUACAAGUUUGAUACGACGAGUCUGUGUAGAUCGCGGUACACGACGUGUGGGGUAGUAGUGCGGUGCGGGGGCGCCGCUCGACCUCUCUACCCCUAUCGGCUAGCAGCCGCAGACGACGACUGCUGCGCGCCCGGUGCAUGGCCGCCCCCCGCUGCCCCCGCCAGGCCCCUCACACGCACCCCCAGCAAAGAGGACCUCACGCAUACUACGUAUGUCCAGUCUGGAUUGGGGGAAAGCAAUCGUUUUGGAGGCAGUUGCGUAGUGCACGGGUCCAGCGAGGGAGGUGCUCUGCCCGUACCAGAGGAGGAAGCACUGAGUCCCGUCCCUGACCCUCCCCCGGGCUUCAGCCACUCCGCCUGCCCUCCUGAAGUACAUAGGACGUGCUUCUGUGUUCGCUUUAUAGCUGAACAUACAAGAAUGCUAGAAGAUUCUACUAAGGUAAAAGAAGAUUGGAAGUACGUGGCGAUGGUGCUGGAUCGAUUAUUUCUAUGGAUAUUUACUCUGGCCGUGUUAGUGGGGACCGCCGGAAUCAUCCUGCAGGCGCCUACGCUCUACGACGACCGCGUGCCCAUAGACAAGCACUUCAAUCAGAUCGCCACUUCGACUCUAGUCCGGUGUCCGCCGCCCUCG